ACUGACACCUAAUGGUCCUUCAGAGGAAGUUCAGCUGUGCAGUUUUGUAAUGGUCACGUGACCGGAACAUUUUCGUCCUUUAGUUUCUCAGCUUGUCCUCGCACUUGAUCUGCACCUGCACAUACACUCCUUGUUUUAUCUACUGAUCUGUGGCGAAAAAUGUCAUUUUGUUCUUUUUUCGGGAAGGAGUAUUAUAAAGAUCAUUUUAAACCAGGUAUAUAUGUUUGCUCCCAGUGUGGGCAUCCACUCUUUUCAAGCAGAUCCAAAUAUGAGCAUUCCUCCCCCUGGCCUGCCUUCACAGAGACCAUCCGAGAGGACAGUAUAACAAAACACAUGGAGACGUUAACAGCCUAUAAGGUUCUGUGUGGCAAGUGUGGUAAUGGACUAGGCCAUGAAUUUCUGAAUGAUGGGCCGGAGGAGGGCUCAUCACGUUUUUGAAUAUUCAGUCACUCGCUUAAGUUUGUCACAAAAGAUAAGGUUGAUAAACAAUAAGCGAGGUGAAUCCAUGUAAAUGAGGCUGCUGUUGCACGUACACUGGUAACGGGAUGUUCAGCUCAUGAAGUGGACGAGGAAAAGCCCCAAGUGGAGAUCCUGUUCACAGAUAUAUUUUGACUGUCCUGGAUGCCACAGAGACUAAAGUAGUUGCUCUAUUUUUAUACUAGUCUGCAUAAGCUGAUAUGAACAUUGUGCAAGAUGAAUGAAUGAAAUUACUCAAUGAUAAAACUAGUCUGGAAUAUUGCUAAUUUAAAAUGGUAAUUGUGAACCUUCAGUAAUUUCCUAAAGCAAUUUACAGCACGAGUCACUAUCAUGAUGAUGAUGAUGAUUAUUAUUAUGAGCAAAACAAUAAUUCUAACAUUAAACUAGCAUGUUAUUAAUUUAUAUUAUUUUUUGCUCAACCAAAUUUUUUUGUCAUUGAAUCCUAUUUGAAACCGGUUUCUUUAUAAUUGUAUCUGCCAUAAAGACAUAAUAUUUUGAAAUUCAUGUUUCUGUUACAUGGAAAGUCUAUUAAAGUAUGAAUCAAAUAAAUUCAGUU